GCCCCAGCCAUCCUGCGUCUGGCUUCAGCCUCGACUUGCCGCACAACUACCUGACCACCUCUCUAAUAAACAACCGCAAAAGAACCGUCAGUCCCACGCAGAGGACCAUAAUACCCCUCGCAACCAUGGCGCUCCUACAGAUGAGGGCACCUGUUGACUACAAGGCGCAACAACAGGCAUUCGAGAAUUUCCUGAACGACUUCAAGGCGUCGCCGCAGGAAACCAUCACCACUGCGCUGGGCAACAUCAACAUUGACGAGGACGACCUCAGCGACGAGUAUGACUUUAUGGACGAGGACGACAAUGCGGCGCAGCAGCGUCAACGCCAGAAGGCCCAGCAACGGGCACCAAGGCACAAGUACCGCGACAUGCUUCAGGAGCUCGCCGACAGGAAGAUCAACGAGGUGGUUAUCGAUCUGGACGACCUCUACUCGUACGAGAAGGAUGUGGACGAGGGGCUCAAGCUGGUCGAGUGGGUCGAGAACAACACCAAGCACUAUGUGGAGAUUCUGUCUUGCGCCGUCGACAAUGUGAUGCCGCCACCGAGCGACAACCUCACCUUCAAAGACGAUGUCCUCGACGUCUUGAUGGCAAACCGACAGCAGCGCAACCAGAUGCUGGCAGGCAUUGCCGAAAGGGAAUCGGACCCCGCCAUCCUGAACGAUCAGUACCCGCCACAGCUCACCCGCCGGUACACGCUGGUCUUCAAGCCGAGGACGUCGACCCUCGACGGUCCCGUCAAGGCCCUGUCCGUCCGCCAAGUCCGCGGCGACCACCUCGGCCGCCUCAUCACCAUCCGCGGCAUCGCGACAAGAGUGUCCGACGUCAAGCCCAUUGUCCAGGUCAGCGCCUACACUUGCGACCGCUGCGGCUGCGAGAUCUUCCAGCCCGUCACGGACAAGCAGUAUGGGCCCCUCACCGUGUGCCCAUCCAAGGACUGCCAAGAGAACCAGUCCAAGGGGCAGCUAUAUCCGUCGUCACGGGCAUCCAAGUUCUUGCCCUUCCAGGAAGUCAAGAUCCAGGAGCUUGCCGAGCAGGUGCCCAUUGGCCAGAUCCCCCGGACUCUGACCGUUCUGUGCUACGGCAGCUCGGUCAGGCAGGUCAACCCGGGCGACAUCGUCGACAUCUCCGGCGUCUUCCUUCCCACCCCGUACACCGGCUUCAAGGCCAUGCGCGCCGGCCUGUUGACAGAUACAUACAUCGAGGCGCACCACAUCGUCCAGCACAAGAAGGCGUACGAGGACAUGGAGAUCGACCCGCUGAUCGCACGGAGGAUCAUGAGGUUCACGCAGACAGGGAACCAGUACGAGCACCUCGCCAAGUCGAUCGCCCCGGAGAUCUACGGCCACCUCGACGUCAAGAAGGCUCUCCUGCUGCUGCUGGUCGGCGGCGUCACCAAGGAGGUCGGUGACGGGAUGCGGAUCCGUGGCGACAUCAACAUCUGCCUGAUGGGCGACCCCGGUGUGGCCAAGUCGCAGCUGCUCAAGUACAUUUCCAAGGUCGCGCCGCGCGGCGUGUACACGUCGGGCCGCGGCAGUAGCGGCGUGGGUCUGACGGCGGCCGUGAUGCGGGACCCCGUCACGGACGAGAUGGUGCUGGAAGGCGGUGCGCUCGUCCUCGCCGACAACGGCAUCUGCUGCAUCGACGAGUUCGACAAGAUGGACGACAACGACCGCACGGCCAUCCACGAAGUCAUGGAGCAACAGACCAUCAGCAUCUCCAAGGCCGGCAUCAGCACCACGCUCAACGCGCGCACGUCGAUCCUGGCCGCCGCCAACCCCAUCUACGGCCGCUACAACACGCGCCUGUCGGCCGUCGAGAACAUCAACCUCCCCGCCGCGCUGCUCUCCCGCUUCGACGUCAUGUUCCUCCUGCUCGACACGCCCACGCGCGACACCGACGCCCAGCUGGCCAAGCACGUCGCCCACGUGCACAUGCACAGCCGCCACCCGGACCUGGGCACCGAGGCCGGCGUGGUCUUCUCGCCGGCCGAGGUGCGCGCCUACGUCGCCCACGCCCGCACCUUCCGCCCCGUCGUGCCCCCGUCCGUCUCAGAGUACAUGGUCAAAACGUACGUGCGCAUGCGCGGCGCCCAGCGCCGCGCCGAGAAGCGCCACCAGCCCAACAACUUCGGCCACACCACGCCCCGCACGCUGCUGGGCGUCGUGCGCCUGGCCCAGGCGCUCGCCCGCCUGCGCUUCAGCAACACGGUCACGCAGGAGGACGUCGACGAGGCCCUGCGCCUGGUCGAGGCCAGCAAGGAGUCCCUGGCGGCGACCGAUGAGCGGGGCCAGGGUGGCAGGCGCGCGCUGAACGCCAGCAGCAAGAUCUACAACCUCGUCAAAGGGCUCGCGGAUUCGGGCGCGUGCAGGGCGGAUGACGGUGCGGACGACGAGGAGGAUGAGGAGGAUGAUGAGUAUGGUGGUGGUGGUGGUGGAGUGGAGCUGAAUCUACGCAAGGUCAAGGAACGGGUCAUUGCCAAGGGGUUCACCGAGAACCAGUGGUUGGCUGCGUUGGACGAGUAUACCGAGUUGGAUGUCUGGCAAACGGCUGGCAACGGUACGCGGCUGGUGUUCAUCACCUCCGGCAAUGGCGAGCGGGAUGGUGGCCAGGAACUAUAAGAGGAGAUUUUGUUUUGGGGGAGAGGGAGGGGAAUUUCGUCUCUUGAAUUAGUUAUUCAAUAUUGUCUUCGGGCGUGCUUUCACCUCAAACAACUUUCGGCGUUUACUCGGCAGGGGGGAUUGGCUUAUGACAAUUAGAUGUUGUAUGGGAGUGAAUUGUGG